GCCAGUGCCCCGCAUGGCGUGGUGGGGGAAGGUGCGUCUCGCGAGGGAAGAGAGAGCGUGAGAGAGGCCAUGAGGGACAUCAUCAGCGUCCGGGCUCUGACGGCCCUCCAGAAGAAGAAGCGCCUGGUGAAGCGCGGCGACGAGAUACUCACGUCGAAGCCCUUCUGCUUCGUGCUCGAAAACUCCGUGAUCGGCCAGUACUGCGAGACGUGCCUGGCCACGGUGAGGAAGGAGCGGCUGCUGUCGCGGUGCAAGGGCUGCCGGCGCGCGUGGUACUGCAGCGACAUUUGCCGCGACCUCGGGGAGCCUCAGCACCGCCACGAGUGUCAGCUGUUCCGGGAGAGGCCCGACUACAGGCCCAAGGACUUCGCCAGGUUCCUCGCCAGGCUCAUCAGGAAGCUCAAGGACGGGGGCGAAGAUGUCGUCGAACGAAUUGAUGCUCGAAGGAGCCGGCGCUUCAGAGACCUGAUGAGCCACAGCAAGGAGAUCGAGAAGGACCAGAAGCGGCUUGAUUACCUGGCGGAGAUGAUGCCGGACCUGCGGGUGCUCCUCGGGAAGUCCAAUAUCCCCGAGCGCGAGGAACUCAUUCAGAUCUUCGGGAAGGUGACAGUGAACAGCUUCUGCCUGCUGGACCACCACCUGAAGCCCGUGGGGACGAGCCUGUACCUGGCGGCCUCCAUCUUCGACCACUCCUGCGCGCCCAACGCCUUCGUGUCCUUCGUCGGCAACAAGCUGGUGGUGCGGACGCUGGUGGAGUGGCCGGAGCUCGACCUGGACAUGGUGCACAUCAGCUACAUGGACACCAUGAACUCGCGCGAGCACCGCCGGGCUUUCCUGCAGGACCACUACUACUUCGCCUGCGACUGCCGCCUCUGCCGGGACGACGAGCACGCGCGCACGGCCUCCUCCAUCAGAUGCCGCUCGAGGGCCUGCGGCGCCCCCGUGCACGUGGACGAGAGCGGCACGGGGUGGGUGGACCCCUGCGGGGCGUGCGGGUUCUGCAAGUUCCCGCGGGGCGUCGCCUACGAGUACAUCGAGGUCGCCGACUACACGAGGGCGGAGCUGGCGGACCUCGACGAGGAGAAUCCCAGUAUCCUUUUCCGAGGCGACGCUGACCUCCGGCCGCUGCCAUUAAUGGUUCUGCUUCUGAUAAUUAUAAACAUGACAUUGGUGUUGCCAUGGAAGAGACAUGAGACCUUUCCACUGCACUUGGCCGCGCGGCCUUGCCUUGCCCUUAUUUGCCUUAACCUGCGAGCCGGCCUGGAGGUGUGGCGCGACGUGACGGAGGCGCAGGGGGCCCUCCUGCACCCGCUCAACCUGUGGCGCAGCAAGAGCCUGGAGGCGCUCGUCACCGCCUCCGUCAACAUGCGGCAGUGGAGCGCCGCGCUCGCCCCCGCGCGCGAGAACGAGGCGGCCAUCAGGCACUACUACGGGCCCAAGCAUCCCUACGUCGGCCUGUACCUCAUGAAGCUCGCCAAGAUCGAGCUUAACAACAUGGAGUGGCACUCCGCCCUCGAGCACUUGCAGGAGGCCGAAGAGAUCCUCGAGGCAGGCCUGGGCUCCAACCACCCGCUGGUGUUCGUGGACCUGACGUGGCUGCUGAUCCAGGCGAGCGAGGAGUGCCGCGUCGACAUCCAGCGCUCGCUCAUGUACGGCCGAGCGCAGGCCACGUCCGCCGCCAGCCGCUCGCUCGCCGCCAACCGCGGCGGCAGCUGAGCCGGAGGUCUCGGCUGCUGCGUCCCUGGUCGAUCACUUUCUUUUUAACGUGAUCUGCUGUCAGGGAAUAAUACAAGUAGGAUACGGGUUUUCAUUACGCUCUCACACCACCGGCUUUGAGAUUAGGCUAUUGCAACUACCCCGCCUGAGGCGGGGUAGUUGCAAUUGUCGUUAGUUAGUACAGGAGUAGGGUUCCACGAGGCCGAUCGCCAAGUCCUUCGCUCAUUUGAAUUAGGACAGUAGAAAGUCUGCGUUUCACCCCCGCCCCGUUUGCUUAGGUACAGGACGCCUUUAGUAUUGCGCGAAUAAACGACUAGUAUUUCUGCGCAGUGAAAGAGUCUGCAAUAAAUAUCAGAUACCUGCUCUUCAAAUAGAAAGAAAGAGCAAGAUAUGCAUCGCGUGCGCAUUCUCCUGCUGCCAUUUUUGAAUCAGUCUUUCACAAUAAAUUCAAAUCAUCCUGACUUCACUGUGAUGUACUUAAAUGAAAAUAAAGCUUAUAUCUUAA